CCCCCCCCCCCCGGCUCAAGAGCUCAGCAGUUGGCUACUUUCUCUUUUCCCCUCACACUAUCUACAAUCAACUCUAUCAUCCGCUUCCCUCUUCUUACUUCUCUUCCUCACCCUCUUCUUCCUUGCCACCGUUCCACGUUGCAUUCCUUGUUGCAACUGUCGGUUGCUGUGUUGUUAUCAUCGCAAUACCUUAUUUUCCCCUCCGUGUUGUCGAAUCAGGAAGCCUCGCAUUUGCUGGUCCUAAGCUGGUACUACCGCCAGACCAUUUUCGCGCAUUUGCCACAGCACUGCUCGACCACAACUGUAAACCAUGCCUCCAAUCCGUAGUGUCGCGCCUAUGAAGCCGAUGAAGACUGAGCGCACGCAUGAAGAAAACCAAGAACGAGCUUACAUCGCUGCAUCUAGACGCAGUGACCGGAGUCUCGAGGCGCGCAUUGAGUCUGCGCGUCGAGCUUCAGAAAUUCACAAGAAAAGAACAGGACGCGGUCUUCGCGUUACUGAGCAAGAUGUCAUUAACGAAGAAAUGUACGAAGAGGAGGAUGAAGACAUGCCAUCACAGUAUCAACGACUUAGUGCACACCUUCACACUAAUUCGAUGUUGUUCAACCGUAAACUUCAGGAUUACAUCGCGACACAAGCCGCAGUCCGACAGUCCUUUUAUGCACAAUAUCAAAACCAGCCGCUUGCUCUCGGGCACGGUCAGUUCUCAUCUAAUGUUUCCCGAAGCCAGUUCUCGCAAGGAGUAAACCCAUUCAUGCAUCAACAGAUGCCCCCACCUCAAACUGUCAAUCAGGCCCCUCAAAAUUUCGGGCAGAAUCAGCAGCCGUACACACCACAGAUGUAUCCUUAUUCUAUUCCACAAAGGCCCAAUGCACAUCAAAGAUCAGCAUCGUUAUCCGUUGCUCCGCAUAUGGCCGGUUACCAAAACCCCGCACAAACCUCCACAGGUGGAGCUACUACACCGGGUGAGGAGCAGAGGAGAUUGUCACUGCCGCCGCAAAUGCUCGAGCAGGCCUCCCAGAAUUUUUCCGAAUCACAGUCACGUCCGUCACCAUCACGAUCCAACACAUCCCAAAGCGUACAUAACCACGCCGGUUCUCCGCAGCUCACCCACUCUGCUACUACAAACAGUCCUCCUUCAGUGCAAUCGACACCAACCUUGGCUGCAGGUGCGACCCCAGGCGCCACAACGCCGAUGAACUUUUCCAACGGGCAACUACUCCAAUCCAACUUGUUCUCCAUGUCUCUACCACCUGAGUCUCAACAGCUCGUUGCACCAGCUCUUGACCCGAAGGAUCCGACUGCAGCUAUGUUCAUGGCGGGUAGUGAGAAUAUCCCCAUGCCUAUGCUAACGUACCAUUACAACCCCAACUUGUCGCCCAAGUCAUCACAGAUGGCCACUACUGUCAUACCCAGUAUGACUGUCUCGAACGACGAUAUUAGCAUGGAAAAGUCGCGGCACGCCCUUGACGGAGUUCCCUCCGCAGAUCCUAGUGUCUCAGACGACAUGAUGUUUUCUUCUAUGAUGGCAUCUAACCUGUCGUUUGAUCUAGGCAGUCAAGACGAUCUGUUCCAGAGUAUGGGUCUUCCCCAGAGCCAAGAAGAGUAUGAUCCCAGUAUAUUCUUGGAUUUUGAUCAGUCAUGAUCGAUUCAAUUUUGGAGUAGAUGGUCAUAAUACUGGGAUGGGUGUUGCGGCGUUACAUGAUUAUCAUGAAAUACCCACUUUUGAUUUCGAAUUGGCCUUGUCAUGGUUCUCAAGUACGAGACAAUUCGAUUCGAUUACACUAUGCUUGUAUAGUUGUACAUACGAUCUUUUCGAAGUUUUUGGGUGGUAUGCUAUCUAGUCCCCCUUUUUGUUUGUUCUCAAUCCUUCUCAAUUUCGAAAGGACGAGGUUGCACGACGGCGACCCGACAGAUGUCUUCUCUUCGCAGAAAGCGGUGAUUUAUGGAGUUAUCAAAAUGUUUUACAUGGGAGAUCUGGGAUCACGGGAUACAAAUGAUUAUAUUUUUAUGGCUGGACAUAGUUUACACACCUGGGAUGUAUAUGGAGUUCCUCAGGGCUUUGCACAUAGCGACUCAUGAAACACGUCGCAAGAAAUAAUAUAUAAUUUUCCUAAAGCAUCACUCAAAACUUAUCAAGU